GACGAAUCGCGCGCGCACUCUCCGCACACUCAGCCGAUACCGCGUCUUUGCAAAGCGCGCUAAAACUACGCGCAACAUUGCCAAAACUAUGCUCCAACUUUGCAUCGAUCACAAAAACUCACAGACAAUCGUGCUGACACAACCAGCAUCCAAUCAAACCUGAAAAUGACACUCAAAUAAAAAUGCAACCCGAUUAACAUUCAACCUGUAUGGAUUAUAUUUUGCUAUGCUAUCAUGCGAAGGACUUAAUUAGAGUUUAGUGAUUAGUGAUAAGACUCGAAUUGGAUUAUAACAAUGUGUGACAGUGAUGAUCAACUGUUAAUAACUCAGUGACUUACAAGAAUAAUUUAGUUUGUGGCAAAUCAGUGAGAGUGUUUACCAUACUUGGAUUAUUUUAUCGAUCAACAAUGUCAUACGCAUAUCUGCAUUGAUACAACCUAUAAACAAUUUGGACCAGUUUUGAGCACUCUGGAUGCACCAGAGAUAAGGUGCUGUCGGAGCGUCAGCGUUCAUGUGUCGACAAAAGUUCGAUAUCUAUCGCGAAAUCUCACGAUCUUUGUUAAAAGCCAAUUGCCUUGACGGACGCGCAACUUUUGGGGGAUAAGUCGGGGCAGCAAGUUUUGGACCCAAGCAGCGUCCCUCAGCCGCGCAACCGUGGCGGGGACCCACGUCCUGGGGGCCGUUUCGCCCAUGUCGCUGGCGAUGCCCUUUAUUGACAACGACCUGCUUUGGUGUCCCGACAACGAUGGCAAAAUGGUCGAUUUGUCUUCCUGCCUGCAGGAUGCAUCAGUUGCAAUUGGGCAACAAAAUGGCGCCGCCGGAGGCGGGUUGGGUGAAUUGUCCCAGUCUGACCUCUCAAGCCUGGUGCCGCCGAUGCAGGAGGAUCAAAAUCACAUGCCCGACACCGAAGACAUUUUCAAGCAUCUCAAUGAUCCCACAUUUGAGUUGGACAACCUACUGAAUGAAUUUAAUGCUCAAGAAAUUAAGCAAGAAGAAAAUAACAAUAAUGUGCCGAAUAUGGAUCACACGGUGAGCAGUUCGAAUUUGAACCAAAAGAAUCCGCAACAGGUGAUGUUGGAGAUGCGUUCCACGGCUAUUAAAUUUACUAUAGCCGCCGCCAACCCGUUGCUGGCGGAAAAAUUAGCAGCGCCAACUACAAACGGUCAGCAUCUGCACAAUUUAAAUACUCCACAACAACGGCAACAGAUGGCGCAGCUGACACCAAAAGUUGAAAAAGACAAUAGCGAAGUAGUUUUCAAUCAUUUGUCACCAUCUCCGCCACCCCCGAGUAAACUACAUCGUUCAGCUGAAGCAAAUCGCGCAUUACUCCAUGGCAUCCUCUCCGGCCAGCAUCCGAACUUACAUCAUGCGCACGCCCUCAUUACGGCGCCCAGAACGUACUCAACGACAACCGGUUCAUUACCACCAUCUCCGGCGGACUCUGGUGUUUCGGACGUGGACAGCUCAUCUAGUGGUCACACCUCCACCGACGAGCUCAAAGCACGCCUGCAACCCUCUGGCUCGUUGGGUCCUCAUUCACCACUCGGCUAUCAUCACAACCAGCAAUUCCUCACGCCCUAUCACUAUCCCACCGGACAGCAGCAUCGCUCGCAUCUCUCGCACCCGCAGCAUCAUUAUGCGUCGGUGCGGACGCCAAUACCAGACAGUUACAGCAGCUACCUAACCACCCUGCAGCAGCACCACAACCAAGUACAAUCCACACACCACAUGCAGGCCUACCACCACCAUCAGGGCGGCAUGCACUCAUUUGCCACACCUUCUGCCCCUUCGCCACCGAACAACCGUCACGCCAUCCCCACGUCGGUAAUACAGCAGCCGACGUCGAGUGUAAACGACGAGCUCUCCUACAUGUUGGAGCUUGGGUUUCCUCCGCGUAAAUUGAAGAAAGUCAAAAAGCCGAAGGCAGGUGAACCUGGAUCUGUCAAACGUAAGAGUCGUGAAGGUUCCACCACGUAUCUCUGGGAGUUUCUGCUCAAGCUUCUGCAGGAUCAUGAAUAUUGUCCACGUUACAUCAAGUGGACGAACCGCGAGAAGGGCGUUUUUAAGCUGGUUGAUUCCAAGGCGGUAUCACGGCUUUGGGGAAUGCACAAGAAUAAACCGGAUAUGAACUACGAGACGAUGGGAAGAGCACUGCGCUACUAUUACCAGCGAGGCAUCCUCGCCAAGGUGGACGGUCAGCGACUGGUCUAUCAGUUCGUCGAUGUGCCGAAGGAUAUCGUCGAGAUUGAUUGCACUGGCGCGUGAACACGCACCCUCUCGAGAGUGCUGUCAAGUCUCGAUAAGUACAAGGAUGGCAUUGUCCGCGACGAGAGUAUUUAUUUCGAAUUCGUACUCCACCGAUCACACCCACGCACAUCACCUAGAAACCCACUACCAGAACGUCAUACGUCACCACCAUCACAGUCGGAUCUUGCGACAUUAAAAGACAUAGAAUUUAAUAUUAAUACUUGAAGUUACAACGAUUUUAGCAUUCGUAAGAUGAUGUUAGAUCUCACGUUUAUUGGUAAUUGGUAAAAGCCAGUGGCGAGGAUAGGAAAAGAAGAUGGUUGUGAUAUAUGAAAUGAAACAUGGCGCCGGACAAUAAGAACAUGCAGCAAACACGGUUUAGGGAUGCGUUGAUGAAUAUUGAUGAGUUAAUUAAGUUAGGCACACAACAAGGCAACGUUUUUUGCUCAUUGCUGAAAUUUGCGAAUUUCAAUAUGAUAUUUAAUUUGGUUACCAUUAAAUUAUUAAACUAUGAAAUUUUGAUGUUAAGGAAUUGGAAUUCAAAUGUGAUAAAACAAAAAGAAACGAUAAGACAAGGUAUUUUUGGGAUAGAUUUUUAUAAGAAGCGAAUUACACAAAAGUCGAGACAAUGGUUGGUGCUGAACUAUUGUAGGAAAUGAGACUGCGCGAGGUGCCUGGACAUUUUUUAAACAAAAAUGUUAAUCAAAUGUAGAUCGCGUGCGGUUAGGGUUUUGGCUAACGAGAUAACUUAACGUCAAUAUUUUUUAACAUUUUCGAGCAGCAAGUGGCCAAGGUGCAGAAGACGCCGAUUAUGAAAUGAGAAUACGUGCUGGUUAGGAAUAAAGUCAAUAAGGUAUGAAUUUUAACUUUUAAAAACGGAAAAUUACCAACUCUUAGCUCUCUUUGAACAUAAACUACUACGCAUAUUUUAAUACUAAAUAGUCUAUGAUAAGGAAGUAAGUUCUAAGUGUUUUAAUAAAUGUGGCUCAUUUAAAUGUGGAACGAAUUGAAAUCAGGCGAAAUUACGAAAAUUGAUCUCAGAUGUACACAAACUUAAAAAAAUGCAAACUCAUGGUGGCGGAGACCAAAAUUUUAGCUAAUACCCCUUCUCCUCUUUUACCUUACUGCUACUCUUUGAUGAAAUUAACUUAAUUCGCUCUGCGCGGCACAAUUGGGUCAAUUUUUUAAUUAAUUAAAUUAAUUUCUUAUUUAUUUUACGUGUCUACUAAGUGUACAUUCUGUAUAGUAUUUAUUUAUAAAAAAACCGCAGGAUUUCGUGUUUUUAAGAUGCAUCACAAACGCCCCAAGCACGGAGUAAAAAUUAUUGAUUGUUAUUAACUGUUGUAACGUUCUGUGAUUUGUAACUACAACUUAGUUUAAAUAUUAGGUUCCCGUUCUCAGACAACAUUAAACGAAAUUACAAUUACAGCUGCCUUACACACACACACACACCCACCCACACUUACAAACACACGUAUGAUGGUGUGUUGAUAACAAUUUGGUGAUGCAAAAAAUUACAACACAAACAACUACAUUAAAUCGUACCUCUUUCAAGUGUCUUCAUUAGUAAAAUUUAAAAUAAUGAAAUUUCAACACGCCAAACAAACAAUUGUGAAACAAACUCAGUGCAACAGUUCAGGAAACUUAAAGAAAAUUAUUAUAUGAUAUUAUGCGAAAGUAUAGAGAUCUAUAUUUAUAAAAUAUAUAACGACAAACGUGACAGAGAGUAAAUUAAAUGUAAAAGAAACAAAAACUGUUGAUCGAACCCAGGAUUCAAACUCAGUGGACAUUUUAUAAUUACGGUAUAUGUAUGUAAUACAUAUUUUUGAAGGUGUUUUUGGAAAAAACGCACAAUAAUUCACUCUAGAGUUUAAAUACUUUUAUAAAACUACCGGAUAUUGAAUGUAUCAAUGUACUGUAAAUGUUUGCGUCCAACACAAGAUUCUACUCUCAUCCCGCAUUCUAGACUUCUUCUACUCAUCUACAAAGUCGUUGUGUAUAUCCUUGUUGAAUGUUGAAACACCCCCAAUGCGUAAUGUAGGCACUAGUUAGAAUGUAGUUACAUUGAUUUGUACUUGACAAACAUCUUUGAAUUCUUUUUGCAUUUUUGUACGAUUUCUACAAAACCAAAAUGUUGAUUGGUUCUAUUUUGCUAUGUAUUUUUCGUAUGCAUUUUUUAUUUCUUCUCAGACACAAUCACAAACAGUAAAUAUGGAUUUAUAAUCGUUACAUAGUUAAAUAGUUGAAUAGAAAGAGGACACGUUAAUUAAACGUAUUCAUUAAUUAAUUACGAAAGCGUACAGAUUUAAAUAAAUGUAAAACGAUGAUGCAGAACAUGCCGAGGCGAAGACCUGUUGCGAAGAUAACAUGGAAAUAAUGUCAAUCAAUAAUUGCCGAAUCUUUGAUAGAUUUGACGAGAAUUGCGAGAUGUGUGCGAAAUUGUUUGGUGAUAUUUGAAAACAGAGAUGUUAAUUGUAUAUAUAGGAAUUUAAUUAAAUUGUAAUUAUAAUUAUAAAUAUAUAAAUAUAUAUUAUACAUAUAUCCCAGAAUCACUAUGAUGGAGUAUAUUGCAAGAUGAGAAAACAUUUUUUAAUUGAUUAUGAUUAUAUGAUACUGUAUAGAUUUAUUAAAUAUGAUAGGAUUUAAAUUGGAAGUACUUUUAUUAUAUAUAAAUAGUUUAUUAUUGUAAUAUUUUGUCUUAUAAAUACUACUAAUGUAGUUGAUAAUUAA